AUGUAUGCAAGUCAUUAGGAAAACCCAUUUAAAGGACUUAGUUUAAACAGAAAUGGUACUAAAGGUGGGAUGCAAGACAUGGAGCAAGGUGACGCCUUCUCUUAGCAUAAGUAAUUCCCCAUUCAUAGUUUUGAUGCAGUGCAAUUCCGACUUGGGCGAAAAAACACCCUAACAAGUAGGAUAGAAGAGAUAAAGAAAUCCCCUGCUUUUAAUGGUUGCAACUACACUUCAGUACUAGUGCUGAUAGGUAUUAUUCUGAUAUUGAUAGCAAUCUUGGUUACAUUCUAUGUCUACUGGGAUGACAUAAUCCUUAUGAUUGAGCCAUUUUUCUUUUGGUUUGAGAUUCACUUCUACCAGGGGAUUUCGCUAUAUGUUAUUAUCUUCGUAGCUAUGACUAUUUUCUUUCUGCCAACGACUUUUUUAAAUCUCGGAGGGGCGCUAAUCUUUACUAAAUUCAAAGGUCCAACUGUUGGUUUUCUACUAACUGUCUUUUUGAUUAUUCUAUCUUCAGUUGUUGGAGGUGUAAUAGGCUUUGUUAUUGGCAGGUUCUUUAUUAGAAAUUGGAUUAGAAAGCAUUUAACAAGAAGAAUAAAGCUAUUUCGUGCAAUAGAUUUAGGAUUGAAGAAUAAUGGGUUCAAAAUGGUAUUACUUAUGAGAAUGACUCCAAUAAUGCCGCAUAAUUUAUUUCCAUAUAUAAUGAGUGUUACAUCUCUUAGGAUAAAAGAUUUUGUCACUGGAAGCAUCGUGGGAAUGUUCCCAAAUACUUGCAUUUAUGUUUAUAUCGGCAUGCAGUUAGACUCAGUAGCUGAUAUUAUAGAUGGAAAUUAUGGACUUGGACCUUGGUAACCUGUUUUGAUUACUGUUGGAAUAGUCAUGGUAGUAGUACUCACAUCUCUAAUGAUAACAUUUUCUAAAGAAGAACUUAAUAAGCUAAUUUAAACAGACAAUUAAGUACCGUUUUCAGGAAUGAAUAGCAUGAGUAUGUCUCUAGUGCAUCAUUUUAAUGACUCGCCAGAGCAGUAUAAAGUUAAUAAAUAAUGA